UCGCGCUCAACAGCCAAGGCUUCAACACCAUCCUCCACCUCCGUAAAGUGCUUCGAAACCAAGAUAAUCCGAGAAUCCGACCGGCAGAUCGUGGGAUCAUCUUGGCUACCUUUGCACUCCCCGUUUGCUUCCACCUAACUGAGACAUUCCACUUUGUUCCGUGUCUCCGCCCUCAGGCGAGGCUUGCGACACAGGCCAUGGCCUAUUCAACAGAGAGCUCCAUCAAGCAGCAACUUGUCGACAAGCUGCCCAAAUGCUUGGCCGGCAUCAAGUUUGGCAUUCAGUCCAACCAAGAUAUCGCAAGCCAAGCAGUCGUCGAGGUUUCCAACCACCUGCUCUAUGACAUCAACAAUAAUCGUGCCCCCUAUUCCAACGGCCCCCUCGACCCUAAACUAGGCGCUUCAAACAAGCUAGGAAAAUGUUCCACCUGUCACGAAUUGCUUCAGAAUUGCAACGGCCAUUUCGGAUGUGUAAAACUUCCGCUUCCAGUAUUUCAUGUUGGAUAUUUUCGUUUCAUACGGUCGAUUCUCGAAGAAAUUUGCAAGGAUUGUGGCCGCGUGCUCCUCGAGGAGCAUGACCGAAGAGCUUUUCUCAAGGACCUACGACGCCCAGAACUCGACAGUUUCCGUCAAUCCCAGACACGCAAGAGAAUCAACACACAAUGUCGCAAGAUCAACGCAUGUCCCUACUGUGACUCCAUCAACGGCCAAAUACGCAAGAUCAGUCCCAUCAAAUUGAUUCAUGACAAAUUCUCUUCUUACAACAAAUCCAACUCCGCAAAAAAGGUGCCGCCCGAGAGCAAGAUCAAGUUUGACGCAUCCUUUGCCGAAGUUCAACGAGAGAAUCCCGAUAUUGAGACACACUUAUCCAAGGCCAUGGAAGACCUCAAUCCUCUACGAGUCCUCAAUCUUUUUCAGACUAUCAGUGCGACCGACUGUGAGCUUCUCGGCUUUGACCCUGCUGAGGGUCGGCCUGAGAUGUUAAUCUGGCAAUUUCUCCCAGCCCCUCCGGUGUGUAUCAGGCCUUCUAUUGCACGAGAAAAUGCUAGCAAUGAGGAUGAUCUGACAACAAAACUUGCGGAAAUCGUGUGGGUUAGUGGUACGAUUCGAUCAGGGCUACACAAGGGAGCUACCAUCCGAACGAUUAUGGAACAAUGGGAAUAUCUCCAGACUCAAAUCGCCAUGUACAUCAAUAGCGACAUUCCUGGUCUAUCACAAGGUAGCUCUGGAAAGAAAACAGAAACGGGUUUCUGCCAGCGCCUCAAGGGCAAACAAGGGCGCUUCCGCGGUAACCUCUCUGGCAAGCGAGUCGAUUUCUCCGGUCGCACUGUUAUCUCACCAGACCCCAACUUAGGAAUUGACCAAGUGGCUAUUCCUCAGCUAGUCGCCAAAACCCUGACUUAUCCGGAGAGAGUCCAGCGACAUAACAUCGACAAACUUCGGAAGCGUGUUGAGAAUGGCCCUGAUAUCUGGCCCGGGGCCCAACAUGUCAUAAAAAAGGAUGACCACGGGGGAUACAAAGUUUCCUUGAGGUUUGCCAACAGAAAAUCAACAGUACGCGAACUUUCCAUUGGAGAUAUCGUGGAGCGUCAUAUCGAAGAUGACGACAUUGUCCUACUUAACCGCCAGCCAUCGCUCCACAAGCUAAGUAUUAUGGGCCACCUUGCCAAGAUUCGUCCUUGGAAGACGUUUCGUAUCAACGAGUGCGUGUGUGGCCCGUACAAUGCUGACUUUGACGGAGAUGAGAUGAACUUGCAUGUUCCUCAGACUGAAGAGGCUCGCGCUGAAGCUAUCAGUCUGAUGGGGGUUAAGCACAACCUAGUCUCGCCAAGAAAUGGAGAUCCUAUUAUUGCGGCCACUCAAGACUUCAUCACGUCUGCAUUCCUUCUUAGCAGCAAGAACAACUUCUUCGAUCGCAAGACAUUCGCUUACCUAUGUAUGCACAUGCUUGACGGUCAGACUCAACUCGACCUUCCACCACCGACAAUCGUUGCACCAGUGGCACUAUGGACAGGCAAACAAAUAUUCAACGUCCUAAUGAGACCCAACAAGCUAUCGCCGGUGAAGGUCAACCUCGAUGCCAAGUGCAAAAGCUUCAAGUCACACCGGCCACCACGACCAUCCCAGUCUGGCCAAUAUCCUGAUAUGGAUCCUGAUGAUGGCUGGCUUGUGAUUCGGAAUUCGGAGGUGAUGUGCGGUCAAAUGGAUAAGCAUACGGUUGGAUCGGGGAAGAAAGACUCUGUCUUCUGCGUUAUUCUGCGCGACUUUGGUCCAGACGAGGCUGUCCUUGCUAUGAAUCGUCUGGCCAGGCUAUGUUCCCGGCAACUUACUAACCGGGGGUUCUCUAUUGGCAUUGGCGAUGUCUGCCCGACAGAGAGUCUGAAGGCAGAGACUGAGAACCUCGUCUCGAUCGCAUAUCAACAUUGCGAUGAUCUCAUUGAGAAGUUCAAACAAGGGAAGCUAGCAAAAGCCUCCGGCUGCAAUUUAGAACAGACCUUGGAGAAUUCUAUCUCAGGCAUUCUCAGCAAGGUUCGUCAACAAGCCGGCGAGUUCUGCAUCGACACACUCAGUCGCAACAAUUCGCCACUCAUUAUGGCCAACUCAGGUUCGAAAGGGUCGAAUAUCAACGUCGCCCAAAUGAUUGCUUUAGUUGGCCAACAAAUCAUUGGUGGUCAACGGGUGCCUAACGGCUUUCAGGAUCGAAGCCUACCACAUUUCCAUAAGAAUUCUCGGCAACCUCUUUCUAAAGGCUUUGUGAAGAAUAGCUUCUACUCUGGACUUCUCCCUCCUGAAUUUCUCUUCCAUGCUAUCUCUGGCCGAGAAGGCUUGGUCGACACAGCAGUAAAAACUGCAGAGACUGGCUAUAUUUCACGGAGACUAAUCAAGUCUUUGGAGGAUGUCUCGGUUCAAUAUGACGAUACAGUCCGGGUGUCUGACGGCACUGUUGUGCAGUUUCAAUUUGGGGCUGAUAGGCUUGACCCGGUAGAUAUGGAAGGAGCAACAGGACCGGUUCAUCUCCAAAGAACCUGGAAUCAUGCUGAAACUCUCACAUGGGACAACAAUGAACCUUCGUUGUGUCCAAGCGAGAUUAGGUCGCUUUGUAGCUCUAUGCUUGAGAGUGAGCGAAAGCGAGUUUCGCGCAGAGGGCUGCUGCAUAACGAAGAGCUAGACUACGAGGACGGUAGUGACUAUGCUGUUGAUGAGCAUGAGAGUGUACGAAGAUUCCUGAGGGAGAUCGAGAACCAUGUCGAUAAGUUGGCCUCAAGGCUAUCGGAAGUACGGGAGCUGGCUGGAUUUCGUGGCGCAGAAAUGACCAGGCCAACGGCACAGGAUCAUAUCGACAGAACAGCCAAGGUGUCUAAAACGGCACUACGACUUUUUGUUCGGCUAUCCCUCGAAAAACACAAGAGAGCUCGAGUAGAGCCGGGUCAUGCCGUUGGUGCGAUCGGAGCCCAGUCUAUCGGCGAACCAGGCACACAGAUGACACUGCAAACCUUCCACUUCGCUGGUGUCGCUGGCAUGAGUAUCACGCAGGGCGUUCCUCGGAUCAGAGAGAUUAUCAAUGCGUCUCAAGUCAUCAGCACGCCGGUAAUUACUUGUCCAUUGCUAAAUAACCGGCAAAUUGAGGUAGCAAAGGUCGUCAAAGCUCGCAUCGAAACAACGCGUUUAUCUGACGUCCUCCGUUUUAUCGAGGAAGAAUGGCGUGCCGAAGAGGGCAAUGUCAUCAUGGGAAUUGACGCAGAGGCGCUUGCAAAUUUACACUUGGACAUCGAUAUUCACGGCAUCGCUCAGGCUAUUUGCAGGCAACGGAAACUCAAUAUCCAUCCGAGCCAGAUGACAGUCACCGGCGAAAAUAUAGUCAUCAGUAUCAAAGAUACCGGCAACAUGCCUGCAAGAGGCGCCAUCAGAAGCGAAAUCACGCUCAGGGAACUUCUACCAAGAGCCAACUUCCUUCGUCAAAAGCUUCCAUCCACGUCGAUCUCUGGCUAUCCGGAAGCCACGCGAGCUCUUAUUGAGACAUCUCAAGAUGGUACUCAUAGAAUCUUAGUUGAGGGCUAUGGUCUCCAGGCAUGCAUGUCAACGGAAGGGGUGAAUGGCAUCAAAGUUCGUACCAAUGAUGUGAGAGAAUGUUUCCAGGUGCUCGGUAUUGAGGCAGCGAGAACCACAAUUGCGGAUGAGAUCAACCAAGUCAUGGGGCACAUGGGUAUUGACACCCGGCACAUACAGCUUCUAGCAGAUGGCAUGACCUACAAAGGGGAGGUUAUUGGCAUAACACGGUUCGGUCUAGCAAAAAUGAGGGAUAGCGUGUUGCAUCUAGCUUCGUUUGAGAAGACGCCAGAUCACUUAUUCGCAGCUGCCGGAGGGAUGAAAACGGAUCGGAUCGAGGGAGUCAGUGAGGGCAUUAUCAUGGGUCGACCCAUGAGUCUUGGAACUGGUGCAUGUCGCAUUGUGCGACGUCUUGACAUUCGACCAGGCGACUUUUGUCAGAAGGCGGCGUUGUUUGAGGAUGCGUGGAGGGCAGAAUCAGUAUUGAAGAAAUAAUUCCAAGUGCUGAUAGAGUAGGUUGUGCGUUUCAUUUUCUAGCAAUGGAGCAGAUGAUUUUUCUUAAUGGAAAUAGAGGGCGCGAGUGUCCUUAAUUCACCGGUACUGUGCCCGUGAGUGUCAAGUUUCGAUGUGUGGUGUGGCAGUGUGGUACACUAAAGAGGAUGUUAG